GGUUUGAUCAUAUUUGUUAUAUGUUAGCUAAGUUGCAGCUAAGUUAUAUGUACGCCACGUCGUUUCUGGAGUCAUUCGUUGAAUCAUCGUACCCGGUUUUCGAGCGCUGGCUGGCAUGCAACUUACGCAAGAUUUAAGUCUUCCUUGUGUUUCUUCUUUCAAUGUAUCUAAAUUAACAGUUGUCACAUCAUACUAGAUACCGCCAUGUACAAGAUGACUGACAGCAGCUUGUCAUCCGAUAAGUUCCCAGACGUAGUGGAGCUGAAUGUAGGCGGGUCACACUUCACGACGUGUCUGGCGACCCUACGAAAGUACCCUGAGUCCAUGCUGGCCACCAUGUUCAGCGGGAGGCACCGCCUAGCCCGGGACAAGGAGGGGCGCUACUUCAUCGACAGGGACGGGACGUACUUCAAGUUCGUCCUUGAUUUCCUCAGAUCGGACGACCUUCCGGACAUCCCGCCAAAUUCUCUCGAGCAUGCGUACAACGAAGCUCAAUUUUACGGGCUAGAACCUCUGAUGGUUCUGUUAGAAAACACUCCUACAUUGUCAGCUCAAAAACUCAGACAAGAUUACUUGAAAACUUUCGACGACUUUGAAAUCUUGCUGGACACGCUUAUAGAAGAAGCGAAGAAGCCAUUGUCGAAGUGCCCUUACCGGACAACGUCCGUAAAGAUAGGGCUUAGCGGAAUUAUGUUACAGCGUAAUUUUAAAGAGAACGAAUACCCAACGGGCGAGGGGCAUAACUGUUACGUGACUCAGAAAGCGUUCUGUAUUUUCCAUCCGCUACACACGUGUAAGAAAGCGGAGGUGGACGUGUUUAUGGACUGCCUGACGUUGGAGUUGGGUAGGCGGGGGUUCAGCGCACGUGGCGCCGAGAACAACCCGCCUCAGUGCCCCUGGUGUACCAAAUGGCUGCACGAGGUUGUGUUCACUUGGUGGUGACUGCGUAUAGACUAGGGGUGGGUACCGGUACG